CGCCUGUGGGUGAGGACGGCAGCAUGCAGACCGUGAGACUGCACGCAAUCCACUCCACAUCGCCCCGGCACUGAUGGCUGUGAUCGUGGCUCGUUUCGCCGCAUUCACCUUCACCCUCACAGCCGCGCAAUGCUUGCUUGCGUUCAUGGCUGUUUGCCUCUAUCCCCGCGGUGACGCACGCCACCCUGCCUUCACUUCUAUUCUCUUACCUUGGUGACACGUACUUGAGCGCGCAACGUAGCUCGAAAUGUCUCUAGAAACGCCGUCCAAGAAGGGAGGGGUGUUGGAGAAUCUCCUGGCCCAAUUCGGAGCGCGACAAACCCUCACCUCUGCUACAGAAGCCAGGGCUCAAGCCCGACGAGAAACUUCCUCCCAUUCACCGCAAACAGCAACGGUUGCCGAGGAAGCUGCUUCACCGGCGCCGAACAAUCACCUGGAUCUACAGUUGCCCAGCGUCAUUCCCGAGCUCUCAACUAUAUUUCACGCUACCUUCGUCUCUUCACCAAGCACCUCGACCUGGACAGAAUACACGAGCGAGAGCGACUGCGAGAGUGAGAGUCCCAACGACUCUAGUACACCGAUUUCCAAACCUUCGCUUCGCAGGGCCCGCAGGUCGUAUGUGCAGCUCGAGGGUUUGAAAAUGGAGAACCGUCGGAAGGACCGCGAUGAAGCUCCACGACGGAGCACCCGGGUUAGGAAGAGCGACAUCCUUGCGUCUGACACUGUGUACUAUCCAGCUACCCCGCCAUCCAAACGCAAGUCGGGCGCUCCGUCACCUCGCAAACUCGAUACUGCCCGCGCACGACUACGGGAUGAUAUCGCGCGAAAGACCCAGGCAAAAGCUAAUGGCUUCAUUGUUGCCCACAGGGAGCUCUUCCUGCCGCUUCUCCCGCCGCAAAACUAUGUCACGAAGCUAAUUGCAAACGACCAGCCACCAUCCGUUGUGCAAUACAAGCGUCUUCCCGCGCAACCCAAAGGUGUCAAGGCGACCAUGAAGCCAUAUCAGCUCGACGGACUGUCAUUUCUCGUUUAUCUUCAUAAUAACGGCUUUUCUGGCAUUUUAUCGGAUGAGAUGGGUCUCGGCAAGACCUUGCAAACUCUGUCGUUGUUCCAAUACUUGGAGGAACAGGAUCGCGAAUUCGGUGUCGUUUCAGAGGAGUCGCGCCCUUACCUCGUCAUUUGUCCGUUGGGCGUCUUGAAUUCUUGGGUCAACGAGGCUCGAAAGUGGGUACCUGAACUCAAGGUCCUACGCUAUCACGGAACUCCGGGUGAGCGAGACCGUCUCAAGCGCGUCGCUCAGGGUCUCGAGGAUCAACAAGGUAACGAAACCGCACAGGCGCGCGAUCGCAAGGCGUCCAAGAAAGCGGGACUUAAGGUCUCCAAACUACCAACUGAAUCUGCUUCCGACUCGUACAAGAUCAUCGUCACAACUUACGACACAUUCAAGGCUGAGCAGAGCUGGUUCAAGCAUUCAUUUCUCUGGCGCUACGUCGUGCUGGACGAGGGCCACAUGAUCAAGAGCAACGUAACUCAAAUUUCCACCGCGUUGAAGCGCAUUUCCUCGGAGCAUCGAUUGAUCCUUACGGGUACCCCGGUACAAAAUGACCUCAUGGAGCUUUGGAGUCUGCUAGCAUGGCUCCUACCCGACGUCUUCACGGACAACUCCCAGACCUUGUUCAAGGAGUCGUUCGAUCUCGCUCGCGGACGCGCCAAUCAGAAGACAAUGGAUGACGCUCGUCGGCUUUUGGAGCUGCUCAUGCUACGUCGCAUGAAAGAUAGUCCCGGUGUCGAUCUCGGCCUGCCCCCGAAAGAAGAAGUGCUACUUUACGUCCCGCUCACGCCUAUGCAACGUUUUUGGUACACACGAUUACUCACGCGUGUGGACGAUUCGAUGCUGGACGAUUUGUUUGCAGGUGGGAAGACCAAGGAGUUGGCCGCGCUUGAGACGGAAAAGAAAGAAGACGAGCUUCGACGCACGCAGCAGAACGCAGCAGCUUCCAAUGGCAAGGAACAAUGGGGCGAGACAGCCGCAAUCAUGCGGCAGGCCGUCCAGACAGAGCAAAAAGGCGGGACAGCAAAUUCAGCUUGGCGCAAGUUAAUGAAUCUAGUCAUGCAACUGCGAAAGUGCUGCUCACACCCAUAUCUUAUCCCUGGUGCCAUGCCUGAGCCUUACUACGCUGGUCAACACGUUAUUCGUUCCUCAGGCAAAUUCAUAAUGCUCGAGAAAUUGCUCAGGCACAGUAUCUUCGACCAACGCAAGAAGGUACUAAUCUUUUCGGGCUUCACAGAGACGCUGAACUGGUGUGAGAACAUGCUCGAGAUGAUUAGCAACUUUGGUCAGGACUUUAAACAUCUCCGCUUGGAUGGAGGUGUAGGACGUGCUCGCCGCAACCUGGAAAUGCGCCUUUUCAACGACAAGAAAUCUGAUUACAAGGCCAUGCUGCUCUCCACCCGAGCUGGUGGCCUAGGCAUCACCUUGACAGCAGCCGAAGACGUCUUUUUCCUGGACGAGGAUUGGAACCCUCAGGUUACCCUCCAAGCUGAAGCUCGCGCACACCGCAUUGGCCAGCAAAAAAACGUAACGAUCUACAAGCUUUGUACCCAAGGCACCGUAGAGGAGCAGAUGAUAGGUCGCAUUCGCAAAAAGCUUUACCUUUCCACCAAGAUCACCGAGUCCAUGCGAACUAUGUUCGGUGAACACGUCUCAGAUACCGGGGGCACUUCGCUUGUUGGUGGCGAUGCCCCAGAGAUGAGCACUUCUCAGCUCAAGUCCCUUGUUCGCCGCGGAGCACAGACUUUGUCGCAUCCCGAAAUCGAUGUGACCGAGAUGUUAUCUUGGGACUUGGAGACUAUGUUGCAGAAAUGCCGCGACAAACCUGCCGAUCCCCAGACUAGCGCCGACAGUAUGGAAGUCGAUGAACAGGAAUGGCUCUCCGUAAUAGAGCGAGUCGAAACAGCCGUAUUCGACGGUAAGCGUUAUCAACGAAAGCUGGAGAAGGCGGGACUCAAGGGCGCAACGGACGUUUCGAAUAUUCGCGAAGAUCGUCGCCAACGCAAGAAGAUGACAGUCAUGGUCGAUGGUUACGAGGUCAGCAAAGAGUCCCUCGACUGCGCUCAAUGGGAGGCUGUUCCCACUAUGGCUGGCAAAGAUCCUCGUCUUGCGGACUUACUGCGUGAGAAGCGUCACGAGUAUGUCCACGAAGAUUACUGUCUCGCUUGCUUCCAAGACUCCGGGAUCGGCCAUAUGGUAGAAUGCAAGUCGUGCCCUCGGGUUUUCCACUUCGAUUGCCUUGACGAAGAGUACCAAGAAAAGGUCAAGGGAUUCUCCGGAUUCUUCUGCCCUCAACACUAUUGUUGCGACUGUGGCAAAAACACGACCGACGCUGGUGGUCUCGUGUAUAGAUGCCGAUGGUGCCCUCGCGGAUUCUGCGAGGACUGCCUAGAAUGGGAUGAAGAGAACCUGGAACUGAUUGGCGAAAACCUCCCCGAGUUUGAGAUGAUGCAUCAGCCGUCCGCUCAGACUGGAUUCUACAUAAAGUGCCCCGACUGCGUCAAUUCCAUGCAAGAAGAUGAAGCAAAGAGGGAGUGGAUCACAGAGAUGGAGAAGAGUUAUGCGGAACAGCAUGAAGAGUGGUUCAAGGAGGAAGAGGAAGAGCAACAGCGUAUUGAGCAACAGCAAGACGCGGCACAGGAGUCUCGUCGCAUGGAUUCCGAUCUUUCAAAGGCUUCCACCUACCUCCAAGUACCCCUGACCGAGGACGAGCGCGGCUCUACGCCAUCACUGACGGACUACUCGACCACAAAUGACGAGUCGGGUCUGAACACACCACGCGCACAGACGUUUCAGGCAUCAAGCAAGAAGCGCAUAACGAAGGUGGAUUCGUACUCUGCCGGUUCUCCCCAUAAGCGUGCUCGACCUACCCAGCGCGCCAGGAGCAACGGGUACGACUUGUCGGACGAUGCCAUUUGAACGUGACUAUGGCCACUCUGCCUCGAUACGAGGGGCUGCCCUUUCGGAUCGCGCAGACCCCGCAUGCUUAUCGCACUCUUCCUAUGAGUGCGCCGAAUGGGAACGAAUGAGUUAUGGGAUGGAACUAAUGUUGGAUAGACGUACCUCCCAUUCGAAGGCGUAGGCGAACAACGCGAGCAUCUUUCCGAACUUCGGCCCAACUGCGUCUAGUGGCGUUCAAUGCGAGAAGGCGUUGUUUCACGGUUGUUUCUUGAUAUACCCCUUCCCUUUGAGGCGUUGAUAAACAUCGUGACUGCGUCGUUGAAUAGCCAAUCAGCUGCCUGAUGCUACGAGUGCGCUGACCUGCGAAAGGGUUUGAAUGAAGUAUCUGGCUCACAAUGCACGAAUGUAUAUGUGCAGCAUAUCGUGACUGAGCUGAAGUAUGUGAGGCGCGCUGUGAGGUGUCCGAUCUCGCCUUCUUACG